GUACGGAUGAAUAUAAUUGCUGGCUGUAGCUUUCUCUGAGGAUAAUACGAGGCAAUAUUUCUGUAUAAUAACUCCCUUUUUUUCUGCAACAAUCUGUCUCUAUACAGAAAGAAAUCAACCAUUCCCAGCUGCCUGCCUGGCUCCUUGCUCUAAGUCCAGCCCAGCAGCUUGCUCCGCUCCCCGGCCGCUUUGGGAGGAAAAAAAUAAAUAAAUAAAUAAAAAGAGCAUCAUACACAUGGCUGGUGAGUUUCUUUCGGGUCUUGCGUCCAUAGUCUUCGAGUACUCAAUCGCCCUGAUCGCACGGAAUGUCGGGUAUGCACUGCUCUCUGAGAGCUACGUGAAAGACCUGCAAGCUGGAGUUUCCAAGAUGAACGAUGCUAGUCAAGAGCUCCAACAUGAUAUUGAUGAGGCUCUCAUGACCGAGGGGCACAGUAUCCAUGCCAAGGUCCAUAGGUGGUUUCUAACCGCAGAGGAGCGCAAGAGGGAGGCGGAGGAGCUGAUUGAACGUAAGAAGAAUGCUGCCAGUCGCUACGGGUGGGUUACCAAUCCAAAGACCCGCUACCUGUUGGGUCGGAAAGCGAAGUACGCCUUGCAGGACAUUAAAGAUCAUCUUGCAGAGAAGACCUUCGAAAGAAUCUCUUAUCGCCCUUCACAACCAGAAGGAAUGGUCACCGCAUCAUCCACUCAAGGCAUCGUCUCUCUCCAGACACGGGAAUCAAUGUUGAAGGACAUCAUGAAAGCUUUGGCGGAUGAUACUGUGAACAGGAUUGGAGUGUAUGGCGUACCUGGGAUCGGCAAGACCACGCUGUUAUCUCAAGUUGCAACACAAGCCAAGGCAUCAAAGGAAUACGUUGAAGUUGUGUCAGCACUAGGAAACCCAGAACCGAAGAGGAUCCGACCGUGGAUCAAGAAUGCAAUUGAGAAGGCCACGAUGAUUGCGCAGGGGGAGAACAGGGAUAACAAGAAAGACAAUGAGGGAAAAGUCAAAGAGCAGGCGCCCCAAAAAAAAGAGACGACGCUCCAAAAACUAAAGCAGGCGACCCAAAAACAAAAGCAGGCGCAAGAAGAAAAAAAAGAGACCGGUCGGAUCAAGAAUGCAAUUGAGAAGGCCACGAUGAUUGCGCAGAGGGAGAACAGGGAUAAGAAGAAAGACAAUGAGGGAAAAGACAAAGAGCAGGCGCCCCAAAAACAAGAGAAGACGCUCCAAAAACUAAAGCAGGCGACCCAAAAACAAAAGCAGGCGCAAGAAGAAAAAAAAGAGACGGCGGUCCUCGUACUUGUAGAUGAUCUCUCGUAUAAACUUGACUUGGAGGAUAUAGGAAUUGGGGAUACGGAUAAAGAUAAUAUCAAGGUCAAGUUAGUAAUGACUUCUACAUCUUGUCCCCUGCUAGCUGAUGAAAUGCACUGUCAUCCAGUUUUCCAUCUCAAUUAUCUGAAGAAUGAUGAAGCCCUGAAAUUGUUCGAAAACACAGUGGGCGCCAAACUCAGUGACCCCGGCCUCCAGGGCAUAGCAAAUGAGCCGGUCAACAAUAGCCGAGGCUUGCCUCAUCUGAUUGUUGCAAUCACUCACGAGUUGCAGAAGAACAAAUCGACAGAAUACUGGAAGGAUGCAUUGGAACGGUUAAAAAAAUCCGACAGCGUAAAAAGCUACCUGGAUCUUAAUUUCAGGCACUUGGACAAGACGCAGGAGAAAUUGCUAUCCAUAAUCUCAGGUGUUGAUGCAGGAGAAGGCAUUUCGGAUGAAGCUUUGCUCAGGUACGGUGUCGGCUUGGGCCUAUUCACAGGCAGCACCCACACCAUGGAAGCAGCUAGAGGUCAAAUGCGAGUGUCGCUCGAUGGUCUUCGAACUACUUCAUUGCUGCUUGAUUCGGGUGAUACUCGUGUCAAGGUUAUUGAUGUGGUUCGAGAAGCUGCCCGAGAUCAACAUACUUUGGUGUUGCAGGAUGAAAAAGAUUUGCAAGAACUGGACGUCAAGCUAUGUGAAAGAAAGAUGAUCUUCUUGCCAUAUCCUGACAUUCAGGAGCUGCCCCGUAUAGGGGAAUGUCCAGAAUUGGAGAUACUUGUCCUGUUUGCACAAGAAGACCGUCUCCUGCCGGUCCCUGAUUUAUUCUCUGUGUCAAUUCCAAAACUUAAGGUCUUGCAUUUCAGCCAUACUUGUCUUAAGCCCUUAUCAUCAUUGAUCCGAUACCUGAAGAACUUGCAAACGUUAUGUCUUGAGAACUGUGAUCUGGAGGAUGUUAGAAUUGUCAGAGAGCUUAAGAAACUGCAAGUGUUCAGCUUGAUGGGGUCUAAGAUCACUCGACUGCCAAGAGAAGUUGGGGAGUUGACAGGCCUGAGAUCUUUAGACUUGAGCCACUGCUCGAGUCUCGAAGUGAUCGAACCGGGUUCAUUAGAGGGGCUGGUUCAACUGGAAGAGCUAUAUCUGGAAGAUUCCUUUGUUCAGUGGCACCUAGAGAGAGACGAACAGCGAAGUAAUGCCGGCAUUUCCGAGUUGAACAAGAUGUCUCGUCUGAGCAACCUAGACAUACUCAUCCCUGAUGUCGACAUGCUCUGUGAAGACCUGCCAUUUUUGGGGAAACUGGAUAGGUAUAGAGUGCUCAUUGGCGAUGAGUAGGACUGGUCUGGGAUAUAUAAAGGGCAGCGCACGCUA